CGGGGACCGCGGUGUAGGGGGGGUGGGAUCUGAACAUGGCGGCGGUGGUGGCUGCUACGGCGCUGAAGGGCCGGGGGGCGAGGAAUGCCCGCGUCCUCCGGGGGAUUCUCGCAGGAGCCACAGCUAACAAAGCUUCCCAGAACAGGACCCGGGCACUGCAAAGCCACAGUUCCCCCGAGUGCAAGGAAGAGCCUGAGCCCCUACCUCCUGAGCUGGAAUACAUUCCCAGGAAGAAGGCCAAGAACCCCAUGAAAGCUGUGGGAGUAGCCUGGGCCAUCGGCUUCCCCUGUGGUAUCCUCCUCUUCAUCCUCACCAAGCGGGAAGUGGACAAGAAUCGUUUGAAGCAGAUGAAGGCUCGGCAGAACAUGCGGGCAUCCAACACGGGCGAGUAUGAGAGCCAGAGAUACAGGGCCUCCUCCCAACAUGCCCAGUCUCCUGAAGCUGGGUCUGGGGUGCAGACCUGAGGAACACUGCAGCCCUCCCCUAGACUGUAUUGACUGGCCUCCAGACCACGAAAUCCUUUGGGUUUGGCGGCAAUUCUAGUCCUUGCCUCUAAGGUCCACCAGAGGGCGCAUGGAGCCCAGGCUGCUGUCAGUCCUUAACUCCUCCCUACCCCCCUCCACCCUGCUCUCCCUCCCCUCCCUGAGAAACCAGUCAAAGGCAAAUAAAGUUAUUGAGUGUGUGAGUGGAAAGGAA